AUGGUUGCGAUUAGCAAUAGUCCGUCGACGUUAGGAUUAGAGACUACUUAUGGCCCAGCUGAAUACAAGGGCCUCGUGCAUAACUCAUUCUUGCUGUUCCUGUCCACAUUUGCGAGCAUCGGAGGUGUUCUAUAUGGAUAUGAUCAAGGAGUCAUCAGUGGGGUUCUGGGCAGAGAAUUCCCCUCGUUGCCCAACAACUCGACACUCCAAGGGUGGAUGGUUUCCGUCCUCAUCUUGGGUGCCAUGUUUGAUCGCGAGGACGAAGCAAUCUCAACACAGUCUCGUCUUCGUCGGGUCCAUAGCAGCGAUAGCUGCAUCAUGAACGAGGUGCUCGGAAUCAAGGUAUCGGUGCUUUUUGACAAAGCUACCACCGCGGCCAUGUUUCCUGGCAUCACCUCUCCCGUCCGGUUGAGCUAUGAAAGAUACAAAUCCUUGUUUGUUUCUUGUCAUCUCAACCGCCGGUUACUGACUGCCUGCGCACUUCAGCUAAUUCAGCAGUUUACAGGUAUCAACGCGAUCAUUUACUAUGCACCGCGGAUCUUUGAAGAUAUUGGCCUCUCCGGCAACUCCGUGGAUCUCUUGGCCACAGGAGUCAUCGGGAUCCUCAGCUUCCUCUGUACCGUCCCGGCAUUCAUGUUCAUGGAUCGCUGGGGUCGCAGAACGGUCCUCAUCGUGGGUGGCAUAGGCAUGGGUAUCUCCCAGCUCAUUGUGGCUACACUCAUUGGCUGCGUCAACUGGGUGAUUCCCUCUGAGAUAUUUCCGCCGGGGGUGCGGUCACAGGCGGUUGGAAUAGCCAUUGGCUUCAUCGUCGCACUCAUCACUCCGAAGAUGCUAGAUACCUUCACGUUUGGGUCAUUUUACCUUUAUCUUGCAUUCUGUGUCUUUCUCAUGUUCUGGGUGUAUUUCGCUCUCCCGGAAACCAAAGGCGUUCCAAUCGAAUAAAUGGACAGGAUUUUCGGUGGGAACCAGGGUGAACAAGACACGAUCCGGAUGGCAAGCAUCCGACACCAGCUUGAGAUUGGAGAAGUUGGUGCUGGCAAAG